UCGGCUUUCCCUCCCUCUGCAUCGGCCGGCAAGCAGCUGAUAUGACAGGAGGAUACUGUAUCACACCGUGAAAAGCUGACUUAAAAACUUCAUGUGGAAAGUAGGCGGAUGUGGCGGGAGCUCGAUACAGGUGUGAUAAGGAUAAGGCGAAACGGAGGAGUCUUUUCUUUUUUUGAUGCGAUGGGAUUUGCUACUUUCGUGUGAAGAGGCGGACCUAUGAGACGCUCAAUAUGCUGAAGCUGUCCCCGGUGUUUGUAUACUGUACGUGGAAGUACAGAGACUAUUUUCUUCAAACUCACAGGCCUACGUAAGGAUUUAACACUUGAUAUUAUUCCUAUCUCCCGGACAUCUUGGUGUAGAACAGCCCUCUACCAUUGGCUCUGUUUUUGUUUUGGACAGGGGAUUCCUUCAGAGGCUGCAUGUGCUGUGGAGCCAAUUCACCACACGGUCUUUUUUCCUAGCAAAUCUUUUUUUUAUUUAAUUCAUACAAUUAGACAUGGGGGGCUGGCUUGUGGUAUCUCCCAGCAGUCACCCCUCUAAAACAGCCAGUAAACCCAUUAGAGGCUAAUACUCUUUUUUGGAGGGGGUCUUAUUUCAAAGUCGUUGACCCACGAUGAACUAUUAUUUUGAUUGCCCCAGUCAUCCCUACUGUAACGGAUACGAAUACCUAGGCUUUCCCCUCAUUUUUUACCACCAUGAGUUACAUCCACAAGGUAUUGAAUGUAUUGCUACGUGGACUCGUCAUCUAUGCGGUACUGGGCUUGGAGUGCACUUACUCGAAUGAUCUACCCAGCAGCCACCAGUCUGAUGCUGCAAAUGUAGCACCCACAGACCCCUGUCUCAUCGUGAUGCCGCCAUGCAUGGGCGAAGGCGACCGCUUCAGUCUGGAGGCUCUGCGGCACAUCCACAAACAGCUGGACGACGACAACGAUGGGGGAAUAGAGGUCAACGAGAGUGUAGAGUUUAUAAUAGAAGACAUGAAGCAGCAGCAGACCAACAAACACAGCAACCUGCACCGUGAGGACCAGCACAUCACUGUGGAGGAGCUGUGGAAGGGCUGGAAGACCUCCGAAGUCCACAACUGGACAGUGGAUCACACGGUGGAGUGGUUGAAGGAUUCCGUGGAGCUGCCGCAGUACGAGAAGCACUUCCGGGACUUCAGAGUCACGGGGAACACUUUACCUCGAAUAGCGGCAAAUGAACCGUCGUUUAUGUCGAUGCAGCUGAAGAUAUUAGACCAGCGGCAUAAACAAAAGCUAAAUCUAAAGGCACUAGAUGCAGUGCUUUUUGGUCCUCCUCUACGUCCUCAACACAACUGGUUGAAAGACUUUGUCCUGAUGGUUUCCAUAGUGAUCGGUGUCGGGGGCUGCUGGUUUGCCUACGUGCAGAACAAGUCCAGCAAGGUGCACAUCUCUCAGAUGAUGAAGGAUCUAGAGAGCCUGCAAAACGCUGAGCAAAGCCUCUUAGACCUGCAGAGCCGGCUGGAAAAGGCUCAGGAGGAAAACCGGACGGUGGCCGUGGAGAAGCAGAACCUGGAGCAGAAGAUGCGUGAUGAGAUCAACGGGGCCAAGACGGAGGCUCACAGGCUGCGAGAGCUGAGGGAGGGCGCUGAAUGUGAACUCAGCCGCCUCAAAUAUGCAGAAGAAGAGCUUGUACAGGUGCGAAAGGCCCUAAAGCGAGCCGAGAAGGAGAUGCAUUCGGAGCGCUCGGUGCCUGAGGCUCUGCAGAAGUGGCUCCAGCUCACACACGAGGUGGAGGUCCAAUACUACAACAUCAAGAAGCAGAGCGCUGAGUUCCAGCUGUGCGUCGCCAAAGAGGAGGCAGAGAAAAUAAAGAAGAAAAGAGGUUCUGUGUUUGGAACCCUUCACGUAGCCCACAGCUCAUCACUGGAUGAGGUGGACCACAAGAUACUAGAGGCAAAGAAAGCCCUGUCCGAGGUCACAGCGUGCCUGAGGGAGCGUCUGCACCGCUGGCAGCAGAUCGAGAAGCUCUGCAACUUCCCCGUGGUCAACAACUCGGGGCUGCCCAGCCUGACGGCCAGCCUCUACUCCGACCACAGCUGGGUGGUCAUGCCGAGAGUCUCCGUGCCACCCUACCCCAUCGCCGGAGGCGUGGACGACCUGGACGAGGACACGCCUCCCAUCAUUCCGCAGUUCACAACGGCCACGUUGAUCCGGCCCUCGCUGACCCGCAGCAGCAGCCUGUGUCGGUCCCGUCGGAGCCUGCUGAGCUCCCCCCAGUCCUCGCUGAUGUCCCCGGACCCUGACCUGCUCUCCAUGGCCAGCUCGUCCCUCUCCUAUCGUCCCGAGGCAGACGACGAACAUAUCAUGUUCAGCUCGGAUAGGAGGGGGUACGUAGCGGUGGCCGGGACGCCGCGGAAUGGUUUUACAGUUUGGACUCACAGGGACCCGUCUCAGGAGUGCUGCUCCGACACAGACUCUCUCAGCUCCUCCAUGAGCCGCAAGCAGCUGCACAACCCCUGCACGCCGGGCUCGGACACCCCGUACCGCAAGAUCUCCCGCGAGGAGCUGAUGCUGUUCACCCAGAGGGAGAGCAUGGAGCUCCCCGCCUCCACCUGCACCACCCACACCGCCAGCAGCAGCAGCAGCAGCAGUCUCAGGGACUCCACGCCUCCUCCUCCUCUGCCUCCGACCCCGGCCAGCACCCCCUCCGGUCCACCCUCCACCUCUCCUUCCCCGGCAUUGGAGCACCACCCGUUCCCACACAGAGGCUCGCCAGACAUCACCCGCACCAUCCCCGAGUCCCAAAGCAUGACCUUCUCACAGGGGAACGCCACCUCUCCGACGGGCAAGGGCACGUACAACGGCAUCCUGGAGAAGUCCUACAGCUACAGCCAGCUGCCCGCCAGCAUGCUGCCCAACAAGGGCCGCAAUCCGUCCCUCACCUCCCUGGACUCGGAGGGCCGGAGCGUGGGACGGGAUUACAAGCUCCAGAGCGCCUCUUCCCAGGACUCCAGUGACAAUGGAGAGAAAAUCAAGCGCUCCUCCUCUAAAAUCAAAAGCUUAUUUAAGAAAAAGAAAUAAAACUAGAGUACGAGAGAAAUAAAUCAGAUAUAAAGAGUCGUUUUAGCCCCAAUAUAAUAAAAAAAAUGAACAUCACUGUAAGCUAAAACAUCUUCUCUGGUCUUCUUUUUGUCGUCAAAGAUGGAAUGUAGCUCAGUCUGGGGGCCUCUAAACGCCUCAGACUGGUAGCCUUAUUUUUCAAUAAUGCCUUUUUAUUUAGUUCACUCACAGCCUCACAGGGAAACCUGCAAGGGCCAAGGAAAGGUCAAAGAAAGGUCACGAUGGUUGUCGUCCAGACAGCGUAGACACUUGACCUGCUCACUGUUCGUUUUGGUUUGAACCAAAAAAUGUGUAAGGGGUCUAAAGGUGCAGUCCACAAAUACAUGUGUAUUGUUUAGCACAGAAUGAAGUUCCUACUGGAAGUACUUUAAUCACACUUUCAGUCGGAACAGCGUCUCUUGCAUAUCAUCAGAAAAAAGGUCAUAAAGACAGAGAUUUGAUCACUUCUCUUCAAAGUGUCCGAACUCCUCCUCCCUGCUCAGAUUAUGGAUUGCAUUUUACGAAGUGUUUGAGUCCUAAACUCACCUACUUGAAAAAAAAACCCUGCUAAGUGUGUUGCACUACUGCUUUCCUGGUAUUUUAGGAAAGCGCCGCUGCUUGCGGAGUACAUAUUGAAUAAAGAUAGAGAUGAGAGGAAGUCAUGGGCAGCGGCAGUGGAGAAGCAGCACAUAAUGCCAGAGCCAAAAUGAUCUGACGCGUCUUCACUGCCAGUGCUUAUGGACGUCUCAAUAUAUAUAAAUAUAUAUAUAUACUUUGUUUUCACAUGAUUAUGUUCUUAUAGAUGUUUUUAAAUAGAUUUUUAUUGGCGGGGGUUCCUAAUGUAUGAACUGAGCUUUACGGAGGAGAGUUUAAUGAAUAUGCAGAUUUAACCCGCACCAGUCAUUUGCCCUAUAAUCUAGCUGUCCCUUUUUACUUGAUUAACUGUGUCCUGUAGCCAUAUCAACUACAUUAUUUGUCUUAAAUACAUCGUCGUCCCCCCAUUUAAAAUGUAGUGUCACUACCAGAUUACGGUCGAUUUGUCUGUGCAAAUUAUUCUUUUUGUGGUUGGAGUGCCAUAUUCACAUUUAAGGAGACCCAAGUGCCAGGAUGUCGGUCUCUACUGUACGUCUGUUUCCAGGAUUAAAGAAACACUAAGGAUUAUCUGUUUGAAAAAAGGAACUAUUUGAUCCAAAUGUCAUUGAUACACCCCCCCACAUCACACACUAAGCUCGAAGCCGACCCAUGCAAUACGGUCCCUGUUCCUUUUCCCCACCUUCUGGGCCUGCACCGAGCGCACUGAUGUCAAAGCUCCUGCUUCACACUGUGAUUUCUGCCUUCUUUCCCCUUCAUCCUGGACCUGGCUGCAGCGUAACACGACGGGGGUCACGUUAAAAAAACAAAAACGUGACGCGACAAAAUGUCAGGGGGGUGAUGCUGUGUACGAGGUGUGUCUGGGGGAGGAUCCAGGGGCCUCUGUUUUUAGAAAAAAAUAAGAAAGUUGUGGCGAUACAGCACACAAUGAAGGAAAUACAAGACAGAACUGCAAGAGGAGGAUAUAUGAAUGUUUACGAGACAUUAGGGUUUUUUUGAGAACAUUGUGUGUGAAUAUUUGUAUACUGUAGAAUUAAUAAUAAAAAAAUGGAGGCAUUGGA